ACUAAAACACGCAUGCAAGACUUAAAAUUUUUUUAUCAACAUGACAAAUAACAAGCAAAGACUUAACAAGUUACUUGAUAGCCCAAUAAAAACAAGUAAAGUCACACAUGCUAAUAAAUUAGGUCAUCUGUUGCCUUUUUAUAAGAUUUUGAAUUUGACAAUUUAACAAUAAUACAUGGCUUAACUUGUGAUGCAGUUAGUUAGUUUUUCAGUUUUUAUUGCUGAUUUACUCCAAAUAACAGUUGUAUACAGACCAGCAUUUAAAGCUAAUAUGCACAAGAGAGUUUCAUUUCAUAAGCUAUCACGCUCACAGGCCUACAAAAGAUUAAAGUAUUACAGAGAGCAAGCUGCAAUAAAUCAUAGCUCUUAUACAGACUCAAACAGUGGCAAUGUAGAUUUUGAGAACUUGGUUACUGAAAUACCUCUUCAUCAACUAGUUGAUUCACCUUCACUAGUAUUGCAACCUAUGCAGAUACCACUUCCUCAACCACUCACUUCCCAAACACAACUUCCUCAUACUCCUCUGCCUCCUAUACUAGAUGAUUCAUCAGAUGAACCUGUCUCUUUUUCAAGUGACGAAAAAAUAAAUAUUAAACAAGAGUUGGCAACCUUUGUGGUGGAGUCUGCUUUACCUGAAAGUGCAACAAAUAAACUAUUAAAGCAGCUAAGAAAGCAUAAGUGUUUCAAUGAUGAAUUACCAAAAACACGUAAAGCCUUGCUAAGAACUCUUACAGAUAGAAUUGUGCUACGAGAGGUUCCCCCUGGUCAUUACUAUCACUUUGGAAUCAGAGCAGGAUUAAUUCAAUCAAUUCAAGAAACAAAUGAUAUUUUGGAAAAUAAUAGUACUCUUGAAAUAUUUAUAAACAUUGAUGGUAUUAGUAUUAGUAAAAGCAGUACAAGCCAGUUCAUGUCAAUAUUGGGAAAAGUGAAUAAUUUAGAUUUAGUCUCUGUCUUUAAAAUCAGUGUAUAUCAUGGACUUAAAAAACCUGAUUCAUUAAAUUUAUACCUAAGUGAUUUUGUUGAAGAAUGCAUUGAACUGUCCAACAAGGGGAUUGAUUUUGAAAAUAAACAAUUUAAUGUUCGAAUAAGUGGUUUUGUUUGUGACCUUCCAGCUAAAAAUUUCAUCCUUAAUACAAUUGGACAUACAGGGGAAUGUUCCUGUACAAAAUGUGAAGUGAUCGGAGAAAGAAUAAACAACAGACAGGCUUUCUUGGAGAUUGACGCAGCGCUUAGAACAGAUGCAUCCUUCAGAGCUAGGCAACAGCCGGAACAUCACCAUGGUGAAACACCCCUUGAGCAAAUAUCUUUCUUAGAUAUAGUAACUAUGGUAGUUAUUGACCCUAUGCACCAAAUUUACAUUGGCACCGUAAAAAAAAUUUUAAAAGAGUUAUUCGGAAAAGCCCCAUCUGUAAAUAAGCUUAAUAUAAGAAUAAGAGCCAAAGUCUCUGAUAAAAUCAUGACCAUUAGUAAUGAAAUCCCAUUGGAGUUUCAACGUCGCCCUCGAGAACUAACAUACUUAGCAUUAUACAAAGCCACAGAAUUUCGUCUUUUUUUACUUUAUAUUGGUCCUCUUGUUAUGAAAAAAAUACUUGAUGGUUCGCAAAGAAAUGAAGCUCUAUAUUGUAAUUUUUUAAAUUUACAUGUUGCAACAAGUAUUCUUGCUAGACAAGCAACUCCUCCUGAGAUUGCAUAUUGUGAAAAAUUACUUAAAAAUUUUGUUUCUGAUUUUGCUAUGCUAUAUGGAAACUAUCUUGUGAGUGCUAAUAUCCACUCUCUAAUCCAUAUAGCUAAUGAUGUGAGGAAAUUUGGGCCGAUUGAAAAAUACUCUGCAUUUGUGUUUGAGAAUGCAAAUAGGUAUAUUCGAAAUAUGCUGAAGACAUCACCUAACCCAUUACAACAGAUAGUAAAGCGUGAACAUGAAAGAAAGAUAAAUUUACCUGUAAAAAAGUCCAAUAAAUUUGAAAAUAUUGAGUUUUCAAAACAACACAUAAAGGGUCCACUCAUAGAUGCAACCAAUGGACCGCAAUACACAUCAGUAAAAUUUGAAACUUUCACCUUAAAAUGUAGUAGUCCCAACAACUGCUUUAUGACAAGCGAAAAUGAGGUCUUCAUAUUGGAGAAUAUCGCUCGAUCAACAGAAAGCAAUCAACGUAUCCUGAUUGCAAGAAAGUUUACUAGGCUUCUUGAUUUAUAUGUAUUUCCGUGUAGAUCUUCAAACCUAAAUAUUUAUUUAGCCAUGCACUUGGGUGCACUGCAAAUUGUCCAACUUCAAAUAGUGAAAGCCAAAUGUGUCAAACUUACUAGCGAUGACAAUUCAUUUGCAAUUUUUCCACUUAUACAUUGUUAAUAAACUUUAAACUCAUUUAAAUUUGCAUGUAUUACAUAAAAUAUAUAAGAAAAAAAA